AACUGAUUGUUUUUCUUAGUAGUCGCUGAACGUGACCCAGUGUUUUGAACGCGAUAAUAGAUAUCAUCCCGCAACGUUUUGCGAUUAUAUCAAUAUUGCUGUAUAUAAAAUACUAUAGUACAGAGCCUUAUGAUCUUAUGAUGUUCAGUUAACCGCUGGUUAGCUUCGGUGUGUGACAUACUGAAUUUCAUGGUUUAAAAAAUAUUUUAAUUACCUACGUUACUUGUUUAUACUUUUUAGUAUUCUCUUUCAUCGCCUUCUAUUAGAACCUGGUAAAAUACAAAAAGUGUAUUGUGUAAUAACACAACAGCUACAAUGACCGAAGUAAACGAUGAAAAACCAAUGUCAGCGGACCAAGUAUUCCACUCCCGAUCGGAGGGGAUACCCUCAGAGGGAGUAAAAGAUCAGUACGCAGAUGGAAAAGCAGCUCGGGCAUGGAACAAGUUCAUCGGAGACAGUAACCAGAGGACACAAAACUACAAAGAUUUCCUUAUUGGGCUGUUGAGGAAACAUGGCUGUGAGAGCGUGUUGGACGCGGCUUGCGGGACUGGGAUAGACUCAAUGAUGCUGGUUGACGAGGGGUUCAAGCUAGUGUCAGUAGACGCUUCGGAUAAGAUGCUGAAACACGCGCUGAAGGCGCGGUGGGAGAAGAGAAAGAAUCCUAAAUACGAUGAGUGGGUGAUCGAAGAAGCCAACUGGGAGACUCUGCCGCGGGAUGUAAAUUCUUUUAUGCCAGGAGCGCUGUUUGAUGCAGUCAUCUGCUUAGGAAACUCGUUCGCCCACUUGUUAGACGAGCACGAGGACCAACGAGUCCAGAAAAUGUGCCUGAAGAACUUUGCCAAGUGUUUGAAGCCUGGUGGUCUCUUGUUUAUCGAUCACAGGAACUAUGACGCCAUGAUCGACAGCGGUGCUACACCUGGACAUUCAAUUUAUUAUAAUUGCAAAUAUCCAGUAGACAUAAAAACUUCUGUAUUAGUUGUUCGCGGUAAACCGAAACUCAUUGCCCUGGACUACUGCAUAGAUGUAACAGAAGAUGGAGAGGCCAGCGAAAGGAGCGAAUUCCGGUUGUGCUACUACCCACACAAGCUGGCCAAGUUCACGGCUAUGUUGGACGAGGCGUUCGACCACCGCGGCAAACAUCACAUAUACGCAGACUUCAAGCCGCAAGAAGAGGUUUCAGUGCCAGCAUUCUACAUUCAUGUCAUGGAGAAGGCUAGGGAUUAAUGCAUUCAACCAAUCCAACUAUGUAGUAGUAUAGACCUAAGAUAUUUAAAUAAGAAUAGCAAAUAUGCUAUCUUGCACUUUUACCGACCAUGUUGGUAUAAGGCAUGACCCGUGACAAAUUAUUUUUAAGAUUUUUUUUAUAAGACAGGAAAGAGGCUUUUACAAUACUCCUUCUUCUAAUAAAUUGAUAUUAACUUCGCAUGCACUUUUCGUGCAAUUGUAAUAAUAGGAAAAUAUCAAAUUUGCUUUUAAAUAAAUUAAUACCUAUGUAAUGUCAAUUUUGUUAAGAGGAAGUUGACGAUAAAUAUUACGUUUUAAACAUACCGACGUCGCCACGUAACCAACUCUAGGUGCUAUAUAUAUGACUAUUGUUAAACAUCAUUAAGUAUUUUUUGCAUAUUAAACACAGAUAUUUUUUAAGGUUUUUUGAGAAGAUAAUAUGAACAAAUAUUAGACGUUAUUCCACUCUGCUACGGAUGGCUGCUGUUGCGGUUUUCUGUCUGUAUAAUAGCCAAUAGCCACAAAUCACCGUAUAGUUGCUAAAAUCUCAUUCAUGCAUGUAUUGCAUGCAAGUAUAUGAACAAAUAUAUUGAUAGACACAAAAAAGAAUAGUGUUCGUAGCAGGUAUGUUUGUUUGUGGCGUUUGUGAAGGGCAUUUAUAUCAAAA